GGCCGGCCGGCCGGCAGGGACUACAAGCCCCGGCGUGCUGCGGGCUCGCGGGGCGUUUCCCUCGGCCGGUCGGGGGAAGGAGCCGUAGCUGGAGCCGCUGCGAGGCGGGGACUGGCUGAGCCGGUGGCGACCCAGCUCGCAGCGGAGCAGACAGACAGACACAGGGAUGUCCUGCAGGAACGUGCUGCUGACUGGCUGCUCCUCUGGGAUCGGGCUGGCUCUGGCCGUCCGGCUGGCUAAAGAUGAGCUGAAGAGAUUCCGAGUCAUCGCCACCAUGAGGAACCUGGACAAGCGGGAGGCCUUGGAGAAGCAGGCGGGGCCGGCACUGGACAAGACCCUGGAAAUCCGCCAGAUGGACGUGACCAGCGAGGAAUCCAUCCGGCGCUGCGUGGAGGGCAUUCCCCAGCGGAGAGUGGACGUGCUGGUGAACAACGCGGGGCUGGGCAUGAUCGGGCCGGUGGAGAGCCAGAGCGUCGCUGCCAUGAAGGGUCUCUUUGACACCAACUUCUUCGGGCUGGUGCGGCUGGUGCGCGAAAUCUUCCCCGACAUGAAGCGCCGGCGCCGGGGCCACAUCGUGGUGAUGAGCAGCGUGCUGGGGCUGCAAGGCCUCAUCUUCAACGACAUCUACUCCGCCUCCAAGUUCGCUGUGGAGGGUUUCUGUGAGAGCUUGGCCCUGCAGGCGCUAAAGUUUGGUGUGAACAUCAGCCUGAUCGAACCCGGACCGGUGGUGACCGAGUUCGAAAGGAAACUCUACGAAGAAGCCGCCAGCAUGGACCUGUCUGCCGUUGACCAGGAGACACUGGAUAUAUUCCAAGGCUUCUACAUGGCCUAUUCCAAGGACGUCUUCACGGUGUUGGGGCAGUCGCCGGACGAGGUGGCUGAGCACACGGCCAAGGUGAUCAUGGCGGAGAAGCCGCCUUUUCGCUACCAGACCAACAGCCUCUACACGCCCAUGACCACCCUGAAACACGCCGACCCCACCGGGAACCUGCCUCUGAACGCCUUCCACCAGAUGAUCUUCCAGCACGACCGGCUCUUCAAAGCCAGCCUCAGCCUCCUCAAGAUGCUGCAGUGGAGGAAGAGGAGGGACGUGUCCUAUAACAAGUCUCCUUGAGACAAAAGCAUCAAUCCCCUUCCUCCUCCUCCCUGGACAACACAGGCAGCUCCAGCUAUAGAUCCCCCCACCCUGCCCUCGCCCCGCUCCCAUGCUCUGUAGCACGACCCUAGUUUCCAGUGUGGACAGCCACUGUAAAAGCACAAAACCUUGGACCGAGCGGGAGGUGCCAGCGCAGUGGGUGAUGUGGGGAGCGGGGAGGAGGCAGUGUGUUUAGGAGCAUGGAUCUACGAGGGGACUAGCAACACCCCAGUCUUUGCCGUCUUUUUAACCAGCUGAUUCUUUUGUAUCUUUUUUUUAAGUAUAUUUGGGGUUUUAAAAGGAUUUUUUUUUUAAAGAACUUUCAAAAAGUAGAGGUUUAAGGCCCUGCUGUAGUGUAGGCCCCAGGAGUCCUGACUCCCACUCCCCUCCCAGAGCUGGGGCUAGAACCCAGGAGUCCCAACCUCUCCCAGGACUGGAUAGGACCUGGAGUCUUGACCUCUCCCAGAGCUGGGGAUUGAACUCAGGAGUCUGGAGGCCUGGCCCAAUGCUCUAACCACUAAGCACCACUCCCCUCCCACAGCUGGGGCUAGAUCCCUGGAUAUAUUGAGUUGUCUCCCUGCCCAAGACCCACCUGUGGGAGUGGGCCCGGCUGUGCUUCCACCGGGGGAGGGAUAGACACCCUGCAUGAGGCAGCAGCCCAGCUGGUGUGUGCCAGGGCUUAUGGCCCUGGCGAAGGGAGCCUCGGGGCAUCAGACUGUGUCCCCCUGACACAAUCGGGGAGGCCUGCAGGAAGAUGGUGGGGAUGGCUCAUCCAGGGAGGGAAUGACUACCGUACUUGCUGGAGUUAGGGGCAGCGUGUUUGCCAGCAGGCUACUAAUGCAACCAGACUUGGAAGAUGCUCAACUAGGGUUUGAUGCAGCUCAUGGCCCCGGGUUCAAGUGGGUUUAGUAGCGGGGCGAGAGGCAGUUUAGCUGGCACCUCUUUGGCACAUUCCAGGAGGCGGCAACAGCUCCCAGGAGGGGGUGAGCAUUUAGUCUGCAGCAUUUUCCUCCGGGUGCUGCACCCUCUUAAGGCCCGUUUUCUGAUCUCCCCCUCUCCUCAAUCUCCCCCUCGGGGGGCACCUGACCCCCCUGCCCAGCACUGGGAACAUGUGCCUGUGUUGUAGUGUGUGCAAUGACUCACUCCCCCAGCAGCUGUUCAGGGCCAGGCCAGCCCAUCUGACCAACCUGUGGGGGUGCAGGAGUCCCUCUCUCAAUAAACAAAGGUGCCCGAGCAUGGUGACUGGAGUCAGUUUUUAAGUCCUGGGAACUUUCCCACAGCAGCCGCCUGCCCGGCAGGAGGCAGGGUCCUGGGAAAUCUCACAUCUCAGUCCAUGGAGGGAAGGGCAGAGGCAGGACAGCUGGGGGGAGGCUACAUCUGCCUUCAGGAGUCAUUGACCUACAGCUGCCCCCUAAGUUAUCCCCUCCCCCCAUCAAUGGUACUGACAGCCCCCCUUGCAGUAGUAGUUGAGCCCCUCACACAUGCAAGUGUAUUUAUUCUCCCCACCCUUUGGGGCCACAGGGUAGGGCUGUUCUCCCCCUUUCAUAUACAGGCUAAAGUGAGGUGCCUAUGGCCAUGCAGGAAGGCUGUGGCAGAGGCAGGAUCGUGGCAGCUGUGCCUGAACCCCCUGUGAUAUCAUGAUAGCCUAGAGAAGCCCUCUUGUGCUUAGGGCUCUACCCCCCCUCUUCCCCCAAAGACAGCACAAUCCCUCCCCCCAGCUGCCACCCUCCAACCCAACCCUUGAACCUGCCUCCUUUCCUGGAGUGACGGCCUGGAAGCCAGCAACUCAUGCUUAGCUGGUGAAAUUGACACUGCCAGCUGGGAACCUCGUGGAAGCUCCCUGGCCUAG